UGAAUGCAGGUUUAUUGUAAGUGUUGUGUCUACUGUUAAAAUAGGACAUUUUGAUGCACAUAUUUUAUUAUAAUUUACUGUACCUCAAUCUGUUUUCACUUCUCUUCUUCCAGCUCUGCUGUUGUGCAGACAUGAAGAGCAACAACAGCCUGAAUCCUUUGUAUUUUCAGUUCACUCUGUUUGCAGACUUUGGGCCCCUCAGAUAUCUGUUCUUCAGUCUGUGUCUGUUGCUCUACAUGACUGUUGUCUCUGCUAACAUUGUCAUUAUUCUGACAGUCUGUCUGGAGAAGUCUCUGCAUCAGCCCAUGUAUAUUUUUAUCUGCUGUCUGUCUUUUAACUCUCUGUACGGCUCAGCUGGCUUCUUCCCCAGGUUUCUGAUGGACAUUCUGUCUGACACUCAUUUAAUCUCACGUCCAUUAUGUUUCAUUCAGAUAUAUGUUAUUUACACCUAUGCAUCAUGUGAGCUGACUAUCCUCAGCAUCAUGGCCUACGAUAGAUUUGUUGCUAUUUGCCAGCCUUUACACUAUCACAGUAAAAUGACAUUUAAGAUGGUAACACAUCUUGUGAUUUUUGCCGUGCUCUACUCUGCAUUUGCUAUGGGUUGCAGUCUCUUCCUUACUGUUAGAUUACCGUUGUGUGGCAAUAAACUGAACAGGCUUUUCUGUUCCAACUGGCCUGUGGUUCAGCUCUCCUGUGUGGACACAACUCUGAACAACAUAGUAGGUCAGUUUAUCACGAUAACAACCGUCUUCACCCCCCUGUUCUUUGUCCUGUACACCUAUCUACGUAUUCUGCUUGUUUGCAGGAGAAGCUCGUCUGAAUUCAGAGGAAAGGCGUUACAGACCUGCCUGCCUCACAUCGUGACAUUCAUGACCUAUUCUUUCUCUCUCUUCUGUGAGCUGUCAUUGACUCGAUUUGAGGCUGAUAAAAUGAAUCCAAUCAUCACAGUUGUUUUAUCUUUAGAGUAUUUGAUGAUCCCCCCCAUUAAUAACCCUCUAGUUUACGGCCUGAGUCUGCCUCAAAUCAAAGGAGUGAUUUUAAGAUUUUUGAAGAAGAUUCCUGCUGCGAAUAUGUAAAACUUA